ACAAAGGGCGCCACCUUCAAUUUAUAAAACAGAAACCAAAUGUAAUCAUACAGAAUCCAUUGACUUUUUCUUUUCCAUUUACAGACACUUGCAGAGAAAACAAUGGCCGUCUCACUGGGAAUUUACUGGACUAAUUGGUAUUCUGCAAGAGACUACUAGAGAGAGUAAGAACUCUUCAAGGAAAAGUUUGUUCAUUCAAUUUGCCCAUCUUACUUGAGGGAUUGGAGAAAAUCUAGCAAUCAUCGUGGAUUAUUUGCCUGAAGAUCUGAUAAUCAAAAUUUUGUUAAGAUUACCUAUGCUACAUCUCGUGCGUUUCAGGUGCGUUUGCAAAUCUUGGUGUGCUCUUCUUUCUGAUCCAAAAUUUAUUUAUGAGAAACUUCUUUUUAGUGGUGAACAUCAGAAUUAUGAUAAUUCUCCUCACCCUGUUGUUGUUAAACGUCAAGAUAUUAGUACCAGAAAUUAUUUUUUCUCUGUAUUCUCUUGUGAUACAUUUGAAAUAUCUGCCCCUCGAGAGAUACCAUAUCCUAAAGAUAUUAUGAUGAACAUGUCAGAUAUAUCAAUUGUAGGUUCUUCUUCUAAUGGCUUCAUUUGUCUUCGUGAUAUAUAUGAUCCUGAUAUUGUUUUAAGCAACUGGAAGGACUGUUAUGAAACUGAUUGUAAUAUGAUUCUAUGGAACCCUUUAACUUCUGAGAUUAAGAUUAUUCCAAAAUCUAAUGCUUCGCGUCCUCCAAAUACUACUUAUUCUCGCUUGCUGCUAGUUGAAUUUGGAUUUGACAGAAAAUCUAAUGACUGCAAGAUACUCAAGACGUUUUUAGUCUUUCACAAUGGGCCACAAAGUGAUUACUUUGUUGAAAUAUAUAGCUUAAGCAAUGAUUCAUGGAGAGCAGUUGAUGUUGUUGUGCCUUUUAAGUUCUAUUCUUUUGAUGAUAGAUGUCAUUAUACGGGUGCAAAUGGUGAAUUUCAUUGGUGGUCUAAGGAUGAAAAUGGUCAAUAUCAAAUUGUUUCUUUUGACUUGAGUGAUGAAAAAUUCAAAACAUCACCUCUACCAGAUGCUAUCGAUACUUGCUUUAGAUUCUGGACGUUUUUCUGUUUGAGUGAAUAUGUGACUAUGCUCCUCUCCUCUGAUUGUUCAUUCGGUGUAGAGUUCAUUGAUAUAUGGAUAAUGUAUGAAUAUGGCGUGAAAGAAUCAUGGACUAAACUGUUCACUGUAUCAUCCCUUCCAUGUGUGGAGAGACCAUUAGGGUUUUGGAGAAAUGGGGAAUUGUUUAUGGCCACUUGGAGUGGUCAACUACUCUUAUGGAACCCCGGUACAGAAACAAUUACCGAGUUUCAAAUUGAUGGUGUGCCAGAAUCCUUGCAAAUUGUCGCUUUUAAUGGAGGGCCAAUUCCAUCGAAGCUUAGAAAGAAAAUAUGAGCAGAGGCAAAGCUGAGAUGCAAUGACAGUGCAUUAUUAGAGAUUGCUGUAAUUCUUUUUUAUUCAGAGAUGUGAUCUUAUAACUUUUUAUAAUUAGUCAUUUUAUGUAUUAUCAUGCUUGUUAAUUGUAUUAUCUGUGAAUGUGAGAAUGAUUGUGAAGCUCAAUUGGUUAAAUUCACUGUUUGAAGUUUUGAAAUAAAGUAGAACAUGUUAUCUAAA